AUGAACCCGGUAUUGUUUCUGUUCCUGCUGUUCCUGCGGCCCUCGAUCGAAGUGAGAUUUAGUGACGAUUUGCCGAAAUGCUGCGACCUCGACGAGACCGUCGCGAGAACGGGGGAUUCCUACAAUUGCACCGGAGAUUCGACCCGCAGGCGGCAAAUAUCCACGAGAAAUUUGAGCGCUCUGAAGACCGAAACGGCCGGGGAAUGCUUCGAUGUGUUAGACGAUGCGUUCGUUAAAAUCGACAUCAAAACCGGCGUUUCGGAAAUCUACGACGGCGACUUUUUCCCCAAAUGUUGCCCGAUGAAUUCCGUUUACGACUCCGAGCUGCAUUCCUGCAUUGAAAGCUCCAAGUAUCCCGAUUUCAUCAACGAGACUUUCGUUAAAGUCGGCCUGCCGCAUUGCAAAAUCAUCCACGAUUUCGAGAUAAGCCCCGCGCUUUACCGGUACGCCUCCGGUAAUUUGGACAAAAAUUCGUUUUGUUUGGACAGGAACGAGAGAGGCGCGUUCGUUCUCAGGAGGUGCCAGGAGGGCUACGAUAUUUGCAGGAAGAUGAGAUGCGUGAAGAAAUGUUGCCCGGACGGUCAAAGUUUCGUGAAUAGCUCCAAAUGCGUCGAUACGUAUUCCCAUGGCGUGAAUGUGAGCUCAUUGGAACGUUUUAUUGAAGGCUCUCCGAAUAAUUACGCUAUAAUUCAUAACCGCACGUGCAAACAAAUCUACAAAAUGCCCUCCGAUGCGAACAUAACCGUGCACAAAAACGGGAGUUUCACGGAGUUGAUUGAUAAAACUUACAAAACUGAGGAUGUUGCCGAUGCAAACUCCUAUUGCAUAGAGCAUUUUUCCAGAAAAGCGACGAGCGGUUAUUAUUUCUUCCACUGCUUCUCGGAAAGCGAAGAACUAACCAAAUUCGAUUUUUCCAAAUGGCCAUUAAUGCUAUCCUGCGUCUUUUUACUGAUCACUAUAGUAGUGUACGUGGUUAUUAAGGAAUACAAGAAGAUGUUUGGAAAGAUUUUGAUACAUUACUGCUUGGCUUCGUUCAUCUUAUUUGCACUUUUGUUGUGGAAUAACCUCGUGGAGAAUAUCUCCUCUACCAAUUGCCAAAUAAUAAGUUACGUUCUUAUCUUAUGCGCUUUAGCUCAAUGCACCUGGGCAAAUAUUAUGUGUUUUGAAAUUUGGUGCACUUUUGGUACGACCAAACUUUACAUUGGAGCGGAUCAUAAAGAAAUCGAAUUUAGGAAAUUUCUUACGUAUUCUUUGUAUGCCUGGGGCGUGCCAUUACUGCUGACUUUGAUUAUAAUUUUAUUUAGCCAAUGGAAAAUACUUCCAGACGCCAUACAGCCGUACCUUGCUGAAGAGAAAUGUUUUUUUAUUGAAAAACAAGGUAAUUACGCGAAAUACCUAUUCUACAGUGCACCCCAACUCGUUAUACAAAUGAUAAAUGUGGUGUUUUUCAUCAAAACCAUCGCUUAUUGCAUGAAAGUUAAGAAUGAAAUAAAUAAAAUAAACGACGCGACGAAAACGUAUUCGGCAAGAAAAUAUCAACAUGACAAAGCUAGACUGCUUCUUAUAUUAAAAUUGUCUAUUGUAAUGGGUAUAUCCUACAUAUUUGAAAUAAUAACAAGCUUUUUCAACAUGAGCGACCUAGGAGUAGGUGCUAAGUACGUGGAAAUUGUUCUCGAUACUUACAAUGAACUUCAAGGUGUCUUCAUUUUUAUUAUCUUCAUAUGUAAGAGAAAAGUAAUUUUCGGAUGUCUUCAAAAAUUUAAUAUCCACAUUCGGCGCAGCCAAAAUUCCUCCUCUACCCGCACCCAAUCGACACUUACUUUAAACGGUAAUUGGUUUUAUUUUCCGCUAAAAUAUAGUACGAAGCAAAACCCGUUCUAACCGAAUAACUAUUAAACAAUAGACACCUACAAAUAUCAAAAAAGAAGAACAUUUGAGGUUAAAUAAUUAUGUAAGUUUGUGUUUAGUUUAUAUAAAAUUUUUAAAACUUGUAAAUAUGUCGAUAGAACUUAGUAGAAAAGUGCUGCAAAGCUUCAAAUUGAUUCACAAAACUAGGAAAAGCGUUUUCAAAGGUGAUCCGGUGGCUUUGAACGAAGCUAGAAUUAAAAUCAACGAGGAAUUCAAGAAAAACAAACAUAUUACUGAUCCAGCAUCUAUUGAAGAGAAGAUUAAAUACGCAAACGAAGUGGAAUGUGAAAUAAGAACAUGUGUAAUACAAGCUAAAGAAGUAGAACCUGGCGUUUAUCAAGCCGAAAUUAGAAAUGAUACAGUAAAAUUGGAAAAUAUUCCCUUCAAAGAAUGCGACAAUGUUACUUUAUCAAAGGGAAAAAGCGGAAAAUCUAAAUGUCAGCAGAGCUAAUUAAUUAAUUUUUAUUGUUAAUAGUAUACACUAACAGCUGUCCUCGAUAUAUGAUAGCAUGGCACUGAGUAAUAGUAAUAUAAUCUUGUUAAUUCUUAGUUUAUUUUAAUUUUUAGUUUACUUAAUAUGAAUUUUUAGUUCAUAAGAUAUCAUGAAACUAUUGUAAAUUUUAGUGGUAUUUUAAAAUUUC